CCGUGCGCCCGGCUCCUCCUCCGGCCGCCGCGCGUUACGCUGCCGGGAAGCGUGUUUGCCGUCUCUGCCCACGCCGGCUGUUUCCGAGGCGGAAUGGAGAAAAGCCGGGGGACCUUCGGUGGGCCCAGCCCGGACCCGGUGCGCAACUUUGAGCGCUGGAAGAAGAAUUACGCCAAGCGCAAGGACCGGCUGCGCCAGCAGCGCCAGAAGCAGAAGCGUCCCGCUUGGGAGGUGGAGAAGGAAGGCAUCGCCAGGUUGCAGCAGAGCUACUCGCAGAUAAAUGCAAAUGAGGUUGUAAGAUUUUCGGAUUUCCCGUUAUCUAACAAAACACUGAAAGGAUUGCAGGAAGCUCAGUAUCGCAUGGUGACUGAAAUCCAGAGGCAGACCAUAGGUUUGGCCUUGCAAGGUAAAGACGUAUUGGGAGCUGCGAAGACUGGAUCUGGCAAAACUUUGGCUUUCAUUGUACCUGCUCUGGAAAUCUUAUACCGUCAACAAUGGACUCCCAUGGAUGGACUGGGAGUUCUGAUCAUAUCGCCUACCCGAGAGUUGGCAUACCAAACAUUUGAGGUUCUGCGUAAGGUGGGGAAGAAUCACGAGUUCUCGGCCGGCCUUAUCAUUGGUGGAAAGGACCUGAAACAAGAAUCAGAAAGAAUCCACAAUAUAAACAUACUGAUAUGUACUCCGGGACGGCUUUUACAGCACAUGGACGAAACAUCAUAUUUCCAUGCCUCCAAUCUGCAGAUGUUGAUACUUGAUGAAGCUGACAGAAUUCUGGACAUGGGUUUUGCUGAUACGAUGAAUGCAAUCAUAGAAAACCUUCCCGAGAUGCGCCAGACUCUGCUUUUCUCAGCCACGCAAACCAAAUCGGUGAAGGACCUGGCCCGGCUGAGCUUGAAAGAUCCAGAAUAUAUCUGGGUACAUGAGAAGGCAAAGUUCAGUACUCCAGCAACUUUGGAACAGAACUAUGUUGUUUGUGAACUGCACCAGAAAAUCAAUAUGUUGUACUCCUUUUUGAGAAGUCAUCUGAAUAAGAAAAGUAUUGUAUUUUUUGCAAGCUGUAAAGAGGUCCAGUAUUUGUUUAGAGUCUUCUGCCGUCUUCGACCUGGGCUCCCUAUACUAGCUCUUCAUGGCAAGCAGCAGCAGAUGAAGAGAAUGGAAGUCUACACUGAUUUUGUGCGCAAGAAAUCGGCAGUUCUCUUUGCUACGGAUCUUGCGGCUCGGGGACUUGAUUUCCCUGCUGUGAAUUGGGUCAUUCAGUUUGAUUGUCCAGAGGACGCAAAUACUUACAUUCACAGAGUUGGCAGAACAGCCAGGUACAAAGAAGGUGGGGAAGCUCUCCUUGUGCUGCUUUCUUCAGAGGAAAAGGGGAUGAUGCAGCAGCUGUCACAGAAGAAAGUUCCCAUCAACAACAUCAAAAUCAAUCCUGAAAAGCUUCUUGACAUCCAGAAAAAGAUGCAGUCCUUCUUGGCUCAAGAUCAAGAGUUGAAAGAGCGAGCACAACGGUGUUUUGUUUCCUAUCUGCGAUCGGUCUACCUAAUGAAGAACAAGGAAGUGUUUGAUGUAUUCAAGUUGCCUGUUGCUGAAUAUGCCCUCUCCCUCGGGCUUGCUGUGGCCCCUCGUGUACGAUUUCUUCAGAAGUUGCAGAAGAAAACGCCUGAGAAUGAGCCUGAAAAAGAAAGACCAUUGCAGCAAACAGAUGAGCCCCAAAAUGCCCCAUUUUCUGUAAGCAACGAUGAUGUAGAGAAAUGCAGAGCACUCUUCAGCGAAACAGCCGUGUUGGGAGGAGAUGAGGACAUAGAAGAUAGUGAAACUGAGGACGAUGCAUCACAGGCUCAGACUGAGACUGAAGAAGAGCCCUUAGCCGUCAAGGGUUCGGAAGCUGAACGCCUGCAGUUCUUUGAAGAGGGCGAUAGUGAUGAUGAUGACACUAAGGAUCUCGAUGUGCUGACGGUGAAACGGCGGAAUGUCUUUGGCUUGGAACCAGGAGAAAAAGUAGCACCAAGUACAUCGAAUUCAAAGCCGAAGAAGAAAAUAACUAAAACAAAAGAAGCUAAAAAAGUAUUGAAGAGAAAAUUUAAAGUAAACACAAAAAUUGUGUUUACUGAAGAUGGGGAGUUAAUUCAGCAGUGGCCACCCGCACAAAAAUCUGUUCACGACGAAGCAGAAGAUGACGACGACAGUGGUGGAAUCAGUCUCAACAAAGCAAAAGAGAGGCUGCAGGAAGAGGACAAAUUUGACAAAGAAGAAUAUAGGAAGAAGAUUAAAGAAAAACACAGGGAAAAACGACUGAAAGAAAAGGCAGCAAGAAGAGAAGCCAGAAAGAAAAAUGCAAAAGUGGAAGAGGAAUGUGUCGCCUUUCUGGAUCGCAGUGAAAGUGAUGAUGACUUUGAUCCAAGCAUCCUUCCAGACCCUGACAGGUAUACAGACUCGGACCAAGAGGCUGAUCCAGAAAGCCAUGGUGGCCCUGGGAUGGACAAACAACGUUCUGGUGGAAGCACAUCAGCAGUAGAAACAGCACCAAGAAGAAAGAAGAUCAAACUCAGCAAAGAGGACUCGUUUGCAACAUUAGAUACAGGCCUUUCCCUUGCAGAAGAUGAAGCGCUAGUAUUACAUCUCCUCAACAACCAAAGCUAAUUUCCCCCCCUCCCACGCUAAUUUCAAAGCUAUUUUUGUCUUUGUAUCAGAAAGGCACAUGGCCAAUUUGGUUGCCAAUAAAUAAAUAUUGCUGUAAACAUUUCUGAGAU